AUGGAAGGCCUCAUAACUUGUGAUAAGGAUGGGGGUAUUAGAUUGCUACCUGGGUACAUGUUUGAUCCCACUGAUGAGGUUCUUGUCAACUUCUACUUGAAGAGGAGGGCUUUUGCUCAACCUCUUCCUGUUCAAAUAAUCCCAAAUUUUGACGUGUUUCAGACUGAGCCUUGGAAGUUGCCUGGAGGAGAUGGAAAGAUUUUCAACCAGCGUAAGUGUUUCUUCUACAACACCAUGGGUCGUGACCUUGAAAGUCUUGACCUAAGAGUUGUAGGGAGUGGCCAGUGGAAGGUUGUGGAGAAAGGUAGAGACAUUCCUAUCCCUCCAAAAAAUGAAGUGAUUGGGAAGAGGAACACUCUGGUUUUUUGGGAGUUGCAAGGGGCUUGCGCUAGGAGGACAAAAUGGGUGAUGCAUGAGUUUCGUCUUUUAUUCAUAGCUAACCCAUCUAAGAUAUCAAAUUGGGUCGUGUAUCGCAUAUUUCUAAAGCAGGAUGCAAAUAUGGUAAAGAUGGUGAAGAAUACGAGAGGGUCUAAUGGGAAUACCUCCAACGGUGGUGAAAAUUUUGGAAGUGUUGAGGUCAUUGAACUCAGUGAGGAGAGUGGAAAUAUCUUAGAUCAUCCCUCGAUGCCCCCUUCCUAA